GGGGCCCCACUGUAGGGUAGUGCAUUUGGUGCAUUCCAAAGAGCGGAUAGAUAGGCUACCUGAAUUUCAAUCGUCUGUAGUUGCAUAAAGUGUUAUUAAGGGGGGAGACUGGUUUAAUUUUGUGAGCCGUCGCCCUCUUUUCUUCACCGACUUCACCAGGCAGUGCUCUUGCCCUGGUACCCCCAAGAUGGCUCAUCGGAGUGGGCAGGAGGACCCGGAGCGGUACCUGUUUGUGGACCGGGCUGUGGUGUACAACCCGGCCACGCAGGCCGACUGGACGGCCAAGAAGCUGGUGUGGAUCCCCUCGGAGCGGCACGGCUUCGAGGCGGCCAGCAUCCGGGAGGAGCGCGGGGACGAGUGCGUGGUGGAGCUGGCGGAGAACGGUAAGAAGGCCGUGGUGAACAAGGACGACAUCCAGAAGAUGAACCCGCCCAAGUUCAGCAAGGUGGAGGACAUGGCCGAGCUCACCUGCCUGAACGAGGCGUCGGUGCUGCACAACCUGAAGGACCGCUACUACUCUGGACUCAUCUACCCUCUGGAGCCCCAGGCUCUAUACCCUCUGGAGCCCCAGGCUCUACAGACUCUGGAGCCCCAGGCUCUACAGACUCUGGAGCCCCAGGCUCUAUACCCUCUGGAGCCCCAGGCUCUACAGACUCUGGAGCCCCAGGCUCAGGGGCCUGAAGCCUGCUCUGGCAAGUUCAUCAGGGUCAACUUCGACGUUGCCGGCUACAUCGUUGGAGCCAACAUCGAAACCUACCUGCUGGAGAAGUCCAGAGCCAUCCGCCAGGCCAAAGACGAGAGGACCUUCCACAUCUUCUACCAGCUGCUGGCUGGAGCUGGGGAGCACCUCAAAUCUGAUCUGCUCCUGGAGGGCUUCAACAGCUACCACUUCCUGUCCAAUGGGAACCUCCCCAUCCCGGGCCAGCAGGACAAGGACAACUUCCAGGAGACCAUGGAGGCCAUGCACAUCAUGAGCUUCUCCCACGAAGAGAUCGUCUGCAUGCUGAAGGUGGUUUCGGCAGUGUUGCAGUUUGGGAACAUCGUCUUCAAGAAGGAGAGGAACACAGACCAAGCCUCCAUGCCAGAGAACACAUCGGCCCAGAAGCUGUGCCACCUCCUGGGCAUGAACGUGAUGGAGUUCACCAGGGCCAUCCUCUCCCCCAGGAUCAAGGUGGGCCGGGACUACGUCCAGAAGGCCCAGACCAAAGAACAGGCUGACUUUGCGGUGGAGGCCCUGGCCAAGGCCACGUACGAGCGCCUGUUCCGCUGGCUGGUGCACCGCAUCAACAAGGCCCUGGACAGGACCAAGCGCCAGGGAGCCUCCUUCAUAGGCAUCCUGGACAUCGCUGGCUUUGAGAUCUUCGAGCUGAACUCGUUUGAGCAGAUGUGCAUCAACUACACCAACGAGAAGCUCCAGCAGCUGUUCAACCACACCAUGUUCGUCCUGGAGCAGGAGGAGUACCAGCGGGAGGGCAUCGAGUGGAGCUUCAUCGACUUCGGCCUGGACCUGCAGCCGUGCAUCGACCUCAUCGAGAGGCCGACUAACCCCCCAGGAGUGCUGGCCCUGCUGGAUGAGGAGUGUUGGUUCCCCAAGGCCACAGACAAGACUUUCAUAGACAAGGUGCUCCAGGAACAGGGCACACACCCCAAGUUCCAGAAGCCUCGCCAGCUCAAGGACAAGGCCGACUUCUGCAUCAUCCACUACGCCGGCAAGGUGGACUACAAGGCAGACGAGUGGCUGAUGAAGAACAUGGACCCACUGAACGACAACGUGGCCACGCUGCUGCACCAGUCAGCAGACAAGUUUGUGGGGGAACUCUGGAAGGACGUGGACCGCAUCGUGGGUCUGGACCAGGUGGCGGGGAUGAACGAGACGGCGUUUGGGGCGGCGUACAAGACCAAGAAGGGCAUGUUCCGCACGGUGGGCCAGCUGUACAAGGAGUCCCUCACCAAGCUCAUGGCCACGCUCAGGAACACCAACCCCAACUUCGUCCGCUGCAUCAUCCCCAACCACGAGAAGAGGGCUGGUAAACUGGACCCGCACCUGGUUCUGGACCAGCUGAGGUGUAAUGGAGUUCUAGAGGGGAUCCGCAUCUGCAGGCAGGGCUUCCCCAACCGGAUCAUCUUCCAGGAGUUCAGGCAGAGAUAUGAGAUCCUGACACCCAAUGCCAUUCCCAAGGGCUUCAUGGAUGGCAAGCAAGCCUGUGAGAGAAUGAUCCGGGCCCUGGAGCUGGACCCCAACCUGUUCCGGAUCGGUCAGAGUAAGAUCUUCUUCCGGGCCGGAGUCUUGGCUCACCUGGAGGAGGAGCGUGACCUGAAGAUCACCGACAUCAUCAUCUACUUCCAGUCUGUCUGCCGUGGUUACCUAGCCCGCAAGGCGUUCGCUAAGAAGCAGCAGCAGCUGAGUGCUCUGAAGGUGCUGCAGAGGAACUGCGCCGCCUACCUGAAGCUACGGCACUGGCAGUGGUGGAGGCUCUUCACCAAGGUGAAGCCCCUGCUGCAGGUGACCAGGCAAGAGGAGGAGAUGCAGGCCAAGGAUGAAGAGCUGGUGAAGGUGAAGGAGAAGCAGAGCAAGGUGGAGGGAGAGCUGGUGGAGAUGGAGAAGAAACAUCAGCAGCUGACGGAGGAGAAGAACAUCCUGGCGGAGCAGCUCCAGGCGGAGACGGAGCUGUUCGCCGAGGCCGAGGAGAUGCGGGCCCGCCUGGCGGCCAAGAAGCAGGAGCUGGAGGAGAUCCUCCACGACCUGGAGUCCCGGGUGGAGGAGGAGGAGGAGAGGAACCAGGGCAUGCAGAACGAGAAGAAGAAGAUGCAGACCCACAUCCAGGACCUGGAGGAGCAGCUGGACGAGGAGGAGGCGGCCCGGCAGAAGCUGCAGCUGGAGAAGGUGACGGCCGAGGCCAAGAUGAAGAAGUUUGAGGAGGACAUCCUGCAGCUCGAGGACCAGAACUCCAAGUUCCUCAAGGAGAAGAAGCUUCAGGAAGACCGCAUCAACGAGAUGACCUCCAUGCUGACUGACGAGGAGGAGAAGGCCAAGAACCUGGGCAAGGUCAAGAACAAGCAGGAGAUCAUGAUGAGCGAUCUGGAAGAGCGCCUGAAGAAGGAGGAGAAGAUGCGCCAGGAGCUGGAGAAGGCCAAGAGGAAGCUGGACGCCGAGACCACCGACCUGCAGGACCAGAUCGCGGAGCUGCAAGCCCAGAUAGAGGAGCUCAAGGUCCAGCUGGCCAAGAAGGAGGAGGAGCUGCAGGCCUUACAGGCCAGGGGCGACGAGGAGGCGGCCCAGAAGAACAACGCCCUGAAGCAGGUCCGGGAGCUGCAGGCCCAGCUGGCCGAGCUGCAGGAGGACCUGGAGUCGGAGAAGCUCUCGAGGAACAAGGCGGAGAAGCUGAAGAGGGACCUGGGCGAGGAGCUGGAGGCCCUGAAGACGGAGCUGGAGGACACGCUGGACACCACGGCCGCACAGCAGGAGCUCAGGACCAAGCGAGAGCAGGAGGUGACCGAGCUGAAGAAGACCAUCGACGAGGAGACCAAGAACCACGAGGCCCAGUUCCUGGACAUGAGGCAGAGGCACUCCACCGCCCUGGAGGAGCUGUCUGAGCAGCUGGAGCAGGCCAAGAGGUUCAAAGCUAACCUGGAGAAGAACAAGCAGAGCCAGGAGAGCGCCAACAAGGAGCUGGUGGGGGAGGUGAAGAGCCUCCAGCAGUCCAAAACCGAGUCGGAGCACAAGAGGAAGAAGUUAGAGGCCCAGCUGCAGGAGGUCAUGGCCAGGGUCACCGAGGGCGAGAGGGCCAAGGGAGAGCAGGCUGAGCGGGUGCACAAGCUGCAGACGGAGCUGGACAGCGUGUCGGCCCUGCUGGAGGACGCAGAGAGGAAGGGCGUCAAGCUGGCGAAGGACACCACUGGUCUGGAGAGCACACUGCAGGACACCCAGGAGCUGCUCCAGGAGGAGACCCGCCAGAAGCUGAACCUGAGCGGGCGUAUCCGUCAGCUGGAGGAGGAGAAGAGCGCCCUGCAGGAGCUGCAGGAAGAGGACGAGGAGGCGCGCAGGAACCUGGAGAAACAGCUGGCCACGCAGCAGGCCCAGCUGGUGGAGACCAAGAAGAAGCUGGAGGAGGACGUGGGGGCUCUGGAGGGUCUGGAGGAGGUGAAGAGGAGGCUGCAGAAGGACAUGGAGCUGACCGCCCAGCGCCUGGAGGAGAAGGCCUCCGCCUUCGACAAGAUGGAGAAGACCAAGACCCGCCUGCAGCAGGAGCUGGACGACCUCACGGUGGACCUGGACCACCAGCGACAGAUCGUCUCCAACCUGGAGAAGAAGCAGAAGAAGUUUGACCAGAUGCUGGCCGAGGAGAAGACCAUCUCGGCCCGCUACGCCGAGGAGCGUGACCGCGCGGAGGCCGAGGCCAGAGAGAAGGAGACCAAGGCCCUGUCUAUGACCCGGGCCCUGGACGAGGCCCUGGAGGCCAAGGAGGAGCUGGAGAGAGUCAACAAGCAGCUCCGGGCGGAGAUGGAGGACCUGAUGAGCUCCAAGGACGACGUGGGCAAGAACGUCCACGAGCUGGAGAAGUCCAAGCGCUCCCUGGACCAGCAGCUGGAGGAGAUGCGGGUUCAGCUGGAGGAGCUGGAGGACGAGCUGCAGGCCACGGAGGACGCCAAACUGCGCCUGGAGGUCAACAUGCAGGCCAUGAAGGCCCAGUACGAGAGGGACCUGCAGGGACGCGACGACCAGAACGACGAGAAGAAGAGGGCGCUGGUCAAGCAGGUGCGAGAGAUGGAGGCGGAGCUGGAGGACGAGAGGAAGCAGAGGGCCCUGGCGGUGGCCGGCAAGAAGAAGCUGGAGAUGGACCUGAAGGACAUGGAGGGCCACAUACAGGGAGCCAACAAGGCCAGGGACGAGGCCAUCAAACAGCUCCGUAAACUCCAGGCCCAGAUGAAGGACUACCAGAGGGAGUUGGAGGAUGCACGAGCCUCCAGAGAUGAGAUCUUCUCCCAGUCCAAGGAGAACGAGAAGAAGCUGAAAAGCCUGGAGGCUGAGAUCCUUCAACUUCACGAGGACCUGGCGGCGUCGGAGAGGGGGCGUCGCCAUGCGGAGCAGGAGAGGGACGAGCUGGCGGACGAGAUCUCCAACAGCACCUCGGGCAAGUCAGCCCUGAUGGAUGAGAAGAGGCGCCUGGAAGCUCGUAUCGCCCAGCUGGAGGAGGAGCUGGAGGAGGAGCAGGGCAACAUGGAGCUGCUGAACGACCGCUUCAGGAAGACCACCAUGCAGGUGGACACUCUGACCACGGAGCUGAGCGGGGAGCGCAGUGCCGCCCAGAAGAGCGAGAACGCCCGUCAGCAGCUGGAGAGGCAGAACAAGGAGCUGCGGGCCAAGCUGGGUGAGCUGGAGGGCUCGGUCAAGGCCCGCUUCAAGGCCUCCAUCACCACCCUGGAGUCCAAGAUCCUGCAGCUGGAGGAACAACUGGAGCAGGAGGCCAAGGAGAGAGCAGCAGCCAAUAAGCUGGUCCGGAGGACGGAGAAGAAGCUGAAGGAGGUGUGCAUGCAGGUGGAGGACGAGCGUCGCCAUGCCGACCAGUUCAAAGAGCAGAUGGAGAAGGCUAACUCGCGCAUGAAGCAGCUGAAGAGACAGCUGGAGGAGGCGGAGGAGGAGGCCACGCGGGCUAACGCCUACCGCAGGAAGCUGCAGAGGGAGCUGGACGACGCCACAGAGGCCAGCGAGGGCCUCAGCCGAGAGGUCAACACACUCAAGAGCCGGCUCAGACGUGGAGGUGCUAUCAGUUUCUCCUCCAGUCGUUCAGGCAGGCGUCAGCUCCAGGUGGAGGGAGCCUCUCUGGACCUGCUCUCUGACGACGAGGUGGAGAACAAGAUCACAGACAACAACGCCAACGAAACCCCCGCCCCCCCGCAGGAGUAGACCCCCCGCCCCCCCGCAGGAGUAGACCCCC